CCUCGCAGAUAACUCCAUGAAUAAUUGAUUGUACCAUCCGAGCGUAAAUAAAGGGCACUCUGUGAUUAUUCAUAAUUCAUUCGGUGUUGGAGACGAAUUUCAGAGCUCUGACAUUCUGAUUUACGUGCAGAUAAAGUAACAAACAGCAGUUCAAAGUAGCUCUUGAGAUUGGCUUGGUUGCAUCGUCAUGCAGUGAAAAACAGUGCACUUCUUGCAAGACAUUGAUGCUUAGUAUCGCUCACAAGGAAACAUGAACAACUCAAAAGCCGAAAAGAAACCAAGCUAUAAUUUCACAGCUGUGGACAUUGGCAUCCUGACAACACUUGCUCUAAUAGUCGUUGCUGCGGUUAUCUUGAAUCUAAUCGUUUUGCGUGUGUUCAAGAAAAAACCAUCUUUACUCCGUUCUCCUACUAACAAACUACUCUGUAGCUGCGCUUGUUCUGAUCUCGUUGCUGGCUUCGUUACUUCACUUCAUCUUGCAUCAUCUCUCUCACAUUCUUUGAGUUAUCCUCAAUCGGCCCUUUCCUAUUGCUACCGGGUUUUUCUCGAUAUCCUGACGACUUUUCUUCAGUUAAGCACCUUCUUUCAUAUUUGUUUGCUUACAAUUGACAGGUAUGUGGCACUUAUCUUUGCUCUAAGAUAUAAGGCAAUUGUCAAUGGAAGUCGGGUUAAUACCGCAAUAUCCCUUGCUUGGAUACUUUCAUUUCUCAUGUCCUUUGUUCAGCUUUGUUGGCUUUACAGAGUACUUGACGGGGAAAUAAGCCCAAGUGAUGCCGAUGUUCUUGACUGGAUUGAAUGCCGUUAUUCCCUAUUUAUCCUGUCUGUCUUCAUAUCGCUGCCACUACUCGUUGUAAUGUUCAUGUACUGUCGCAUGUACUGCCAAGCAAGAAAGCUGCUUGCAAACCCAGAAACAAAAGACCAGGCGUGUUUGACAAAAGAAAUCAUCAUAAUGUGGAUUUUCUUUUUCAUGGCUCUGCUCAUCUGUGUCAACGCAAUGCCUUAUUUCAUUAUCCGUCUCAUUAUCGAUCUCCAGUCAGUAAUGGGCAAGCAAACCCAAAUCAGCGUCUACUGGCUACAACUCACCUCUGUCUUCAAACAUGUGAUACACGUUAGCAACCCACUGAUCUACGCCCUAAAGAAGACUGACAUUCGCGAAGAAGUCAAUAAAACCAUGGCACCCUUGAAGCCUGCCUGCUCUUCGCAGCUGUGGCAACGUCUUGGAAAAAGAUAUGCUCGGAAGGGACCAAAGCCCUUUGCCUUACACAUCGAGGAUUCAGCAAGCUUACCGUAUGGUGGUUCUCUCACGCAAGCUGAAAUUUUACAAAACAUUCCUGCUGAUGUCAUUGAAAAAGUAACAUGCCUUUGAAGGUCAAAACUUUAAAAAAAACUGAAAGCUGAAUUCCUUUAGACACUCUGGAAGCUGAAUAAACAUUCUGAGGGCUGAAGACUAAAGUAGCAUUAAAUUAAUGUAGUUGUGUAGAUGGCAUGAAAUUACCAGUUAAAACUAACGGGGCAAGCAAGAAAAUGUACUUUAAUGUAAAUAUAAUGGGCAUAGAUUUCAGCUGAGCUGAUUACAAUACUGACUUCUGCAAAGACUCGAAGUUGCGUUUCAUUUGUUUCUGUUUGUUUCUAGUAAACGUAUAUAAGCACAUGCUGGUAACAGAAACACUCUAGAUGCUAUCGAUUUUGGUCAUUCAGCCAAAGACCUUCUGCUUCUGAUGACUUUGAUUAUUUUAUCACGUGAUGAUCAUUUGUCGGCUUUUGCUCAAGGUGAAAUUUUGCCAAGAUAUAUUAUUUCUAGCAAAAGUCUAUUGACAAGACUGUUAUAAAUUUUUGCCAUUUGAUAGAAUUUGACGAGUUUUAGAUUUAUAAUCAGUCUAUUGAAUUAAAAGAAUUGAUAAAAAACGCUGUCUUAUAUAUUAGAUUUUUUUUCAGAAGGUUUCAUAUUAAGUUUUUCAUUUGUAGCAAACAAUUAGAUAACAGUGAAAACAGUGAAGAAUGGAAAAUUCUCAAAAAAAGCUACGAAAAGCAAUUUCUAGAUUCGUAAUUUUUGCUCGGUUCUUCAAAGUACUUCGAAGCCUUCAAAGUACCAAUAGACUGUUCUUCAUAAAGUAAAUAGAUUACUUUCUACAGGUAAGCAGACAUGAACGCAAGUAGUAAUAUAAUUGUUGUGUUGCAAUCAAUAAUAAAGAUCUUGAAAAAUAGCAGGAUUUAGAGUAACUCCUGCUGAUUAGUACUGGUUUAAAAGCUUUCUGUUAUCAAAGCAACGAUUAGUGUGUCUU